GGAUUGCGUUGCUUUUGGUCUCUCUUGACCGCGCGCGCCCCAUGCCAUCUUGAGAACAGAACCGGAUCCCUACACUGCCUUUUUUGCCGUCAUCCUAAGCCUUCUUCGUUCUGCCCCUAACGCCGCGAUCCUCAAACCCAUAUCAUAUCUUAGCUGUACCCUCCUAACCGCUUGACGCCUUAUUUUUCUCUCCCUCACCUCCGACCACCCAGCCCUUCUUCUACCGGCUCUCGUCCUCCUUCUUCUCUUCUAUCCUCACCCGUCCCUACUCUUCCCCAUUCAUACUUAACACUUCCAACUUCCAUCGACCACUUCUGGUGAAGUCCCCUUCGUCGCGAGACUCUUGCUCUCUCUGCGACGACUGGCCUUCGCGGUCGAUCGACCCUCUUAGUCUUUUCUGAGGCUUCCGCUUCUGCCAUCAUCAACCAUGGGUCCUGCUCACGAUGAGCCCGAGGUGCUCGAGGGCACCAUCGGUAACAAGCACCAGCACUCGGUGCACCACCGUCUGCGGGCCAAUUCUUCUAUCAUGAAAGUGAAGAAGAUUCUCGUUGCCAACCGUGGAGAAAUUCCGAUUCGAAUCUUCCGAACGGCCCACGAGCUCUCCCUCCACACGGUCGCAGUCUUCAGUUACGAGGACCGUCUCGGCGCUCACCGACAGAAGGCUGAUGAGGCCUAUGUUAUUGGAAAGCGCGGCCAGUACACCCCCGUGGGUGCUUACCUUGCCGGAGAUGAAAUUAUCAAGAUUGCGCUCGAGCACGGUGUCAACAUGAUCCACCCUGGCUAUGGUUUCCUUUCGGAGAACGCAGACUUUGCCCGCAAGGUCGAAGCCGCCGGCAUGAUUUUUGUUGGUCCCUCCCCCGAGACCAUUGAUGGUCUGGGUGACAAGGUUUCGGCCCGUCAGCUCGCCAUCAAUUGCAAUGUCCCCGUUGUCCCUGGUACUCCCGGUCCCGUCGAGCGAUACGAGGACGUCAAGGCUUUCACCGACGAGUACGGCUUCCCCAUUAUCAUCAAGGCUGCCUUUGGAGGUGGUGGUCGUGGUAUGCGUGUUGUCCGCGACCCUGCCGAGCUCAAGGACGCCUUCGAGCGUGCAACUUCAGAGGCCAAGACCGCCUUCGGUAACGGCACUGUCUUCGUCGAACGAUUCCUCGACAAACCCAAGCACAUUGAGGUCCAGCUUCUCGGUGACAGCCAGGGCAACGUCAUCCACCUUUUCGAGCGUGACUGCAGUGUUCAGCGUCGUCACCAAAAGGUCGUCGAGCUUGCUCCUGCCAAGGACCUUCCUCGCGAGACCCGCGAUGCUCUCCUCAGUGACGCCGUCAGACUCGCCAAAUCCGUCAACUACCGCAACGCUGGUACGGCUGAAUUUUUAGUUGACCAGCAGAACCGUUACUACUUUAUUGAGAUCAACCCCCGAAUUCAGGUCGAGCACACCAUCACCGAAGAGAUUACUGGCAUCGAUAUCGUCGCGGCUCAGAUCCAGAUUGCGGCCGGUGCCACGCUUGAGCAGUUGGGCCUCACCCAGGACCAAAUCUCCGUCCGCGGUUUCGCCAUCCAGUGCCGUAUCACCACGGAAGACCCCACGAAGAACUUUGCUCCGGAUACUGGCAAAAUUGAAGUCUAUCGUUCCUCGGGCGGUAACGGUGUCCGAUUGGACGGUGGUAACGGAUUCGCUGGUGCCAUCAUUACGCCUUACUAUGACUCGAUGCUUGUCAAGUGCACUUGCCACGGCUCGACCUACGAGAUUGCCCGGAGAAAGAUGCUCCGUUCCCUGGUUGAGUUCCGUAUCCGUGGUGUGAAGACGAACAUUCCUUUCUUGGCUUCGCUGCUCACGCACCCCACUUUCAUCGACGGAACCUGCUGGACCACUUUCAUUGACGAUACUCCCGAGCUGUUCGCUCUUGUGAGCAGCCAAAACCGUGCUCAAAAGCUCUUGGCUUACCUUGGUGAUGUCGCUGUCAAUGGCAGCAGCAUCAAGGGCCAGAUUGGCGAGCCCAAGUUCAAGGGCGAGAUCGUUAUGCCCGUUCUCAAGAGCAAGGCUGGCGAGGUUAUCGACACUACCGCACCUAGCACUGAAGGCUGGCGGAAGGUCCUCGUCGAGCAGGGACCUGAGGCAUUUGCCAAGGCCGUUCGCCAGAACAAGGGCUGUUUGAUCAUGGACACCACCUGGCGUGACGCUCACCAGUCUCUGCUGGCCACCCGUGUUCGUACUAUUGACUUCCUUAACAUUGCCAAGGAGACCAGCCACGCCUACCACAACGCCUACAGUUUGGAAUGCUGGGGUGGUGCUACCUUUGACGUCGCCAUGCGAUUCCUCUAUGAGGACCCUUGGGACCGUCUGAGACGCAUGCGCAAGCUUGUUCCCAACAUUCCUUUCCAGAUGCUCCUGCGAGGCGCCAAUGGUGUCGCAUACUCCUCGCUCCCUGACAAUGCCAUUGAGCAUUUCGUCCUUCAGGCGAAGAAGAACGGUGUGGACAUCUUCCGUGUCUUUGAUGCUCUUAACGAUAUCGACCAGAUUGAAGUCGGUGUCCGAGCUGUUAAGAAGGCUGGUGGUGUGGUUGAAGCCACCAUGUGCUACAGUGGUGACAUGCUUAACCCCAAGAAGAAGUACAACCUCCAGUACUACCUGAGCCUGGUCGACCGCAUUGUUGCCAUGGGCACGCACGUCCUGGGCAUCAAGGAUAUGGCUGGUGUUCUCAAGCCCAAGGCUGCCACCCUUCUCAUCGGCUCUAUCCGUGAGAGAUACCCUGACCUCCCCAUCCACGUUCACACUCACGACUCCGCUGGUACGGGUGUCGCUUCGAUGGUUGCGUGCGCCCAAGCUGGUGCCGACGUGGUUGACACGGCCACUGAUAGCAUGUCGGGAAUGACCUCGCAGCCCAGCGUUGGUGCCCUGCUUGCCUCUCUCGAGGGCACUCCUCUCUUCCCCGGCCUGGAUAGCUCAGCUGUUCGCGCUAUCGACACCUACUGGGCGCAGCUUCGGUUGUUGUACUCUCCUUUCGAGGCUGGUCUUACCGGCCCUGACCCUGAAGUCUACGAGCACGAAAUCCCUGGUGGUCAGUUGACCAACUUGAUCUUCCAGGCUUCUCAGCAGGGUCUGGGUUCCCAGUGGUCGGAGACCAAGAAGGCGUACGAGGCCGCCAACGACUUGCUCGGCGACAUUGUCAAGGUUACUCCCACCUCCAAGGUCGUUGGAGAUCUGGCUCAGUUCAUGGUCUCGAACAAGUUGAGCUACGACGACGUCAUCGCAAAGGCCGAUCAGCUCGACUUCCCGGCCUCAGUGCUCGAAUUCUUUGAGGGUCUCAUGGGUCAGCCUUAUGGCGGUUUCCCCGAGCCGCUCCGUACCAAGGCUCUCCGUGGCCGCCGCAAGCUGGAGAAGCGCCCUGGUCUUUUCUUGCCAUCCAUGGACCACGACAAGAUCAAGCUCGAGCUCAGCGAGCGGUACGGCAGUGCUUCAGAGUGCGACGUUGCCAGCUACAACAUGUACCCCAAGGUCUACGAAGAUUGGCAGAAGUUUGUGGCCAAGUUUGGCGACCUGACCGUGCUGCCCACCCGCUACUUCCUGUCUAAGCCUGAGAUUGGCGAGGAAUUCAACGUUGAGCUUGAAAAGGGUAAGGUGUUGAUCCUGAAGCUCUUGGCUAUCGGCCCGCUCUCAGAGCAGACUGGCCAGCGUGAGGUCUUCUACGAGGUCAACGGUGAGGUUCGCCAGGUCACCGUCGACGACAAGACGGCCGCUGUGGACAAUGCGACCCGCCCCAAGGCUGAUGCGUCCGACUCGAGCCAAGUCGGUGCCCCCAUGUCUGGUGUCGUUGUGGAAGUUCGUGUGCAGGAGGGUGUUGAGGUCAAGAAGGGCGAUCCUAUUGCCGUUCUCAGUGCUAUGAAGAUGGAAAUGAUCAUCUCCGCACCGCACCACGGCAAGGUGGGAUCAUUGCAAGUCAAGGAGGGUGACUCGGUCACCAGCCAGGACUUGAUUUGCAAGCUUGUUCAGUAGAGGAUAUGAUUCAUGUGAUGUGUAUGGUUUUGGAAGCUUUUAGAGAUUCUACUUUUUUCCCUUGAUUACCUGCCCGAAAAGGAAAUGGGCCCUUUUUUCUAUUUAAGCGUGUUUGACUACUAUUAUUAUGUUCUACUUUUUCUACGACAAGUUGUACGAAUGAUAAAUGAAAUGAG